AUGGCGAGUAUGCAGAAUAUACCUAAAACUAUGAAAGCUAUUCUUUUACAUGAAUAUGGUGGUAGUUAUCGUUUUCAUGAUGCUAUUCCUGUACCAUCACAUUUGGAUGAUUAUGAUGUUUUAAUUGCUAUAAAAAGUGCUGGUUUUUGUCAUACAGAAAUGCUUGUACGUGAUGGAAUAAUUAAAGCAAAACAAUUACCUCUUAUACCAUCACAUGAACCAACUGGUAUUAUUGUUGCGAUGGGUACAAAAGUUAGUCAUGAAUUUGAACUUGGUGAUCGUGUUGGUGCACUAGGUUGCAAUCAUGCAUGCGAUCAAUGUCCUGAUUGUUUAAAUGAUCAACCAUUAUAUUGUGAUGAAUACUGUGCUACUGGUAUUACAAUUAAUGGUGCUUUUGCUGAAUAUCAAAAAGCUGAUUCACGUUGGCUUGUAUCAUUACCAGAUGAAAUAUCAUUUGAACAAGCUGCACCAUUAAUGUGUGCAGGUGCAACAGCUUUUAAUGCUAUUGAAAAAUGUGCUUUGAAAAAAGGAGAAAUUUUAGCAAUUAUUGGUCUUGGAGCAUUAGGACAUUUAGCCGUACAAUUUGCUAAAUGUAUGGGAUUCAAAGUUAUUGCUAUUGAUAAUCGUCAAGAACCAUUAGAACUUGUUCAAAGAUUAAGAUAUUCACCAGAUUUAACUAUUGAUUCGAGUAAAACAGAUGCAGAAAAUGCUAUUAAACAAAUUAAUACACUUCAUUCAUCAACAAAAUAUAAUUAUCCAGGUGCUGAUGCAACACUUGUUCUUACUGAACCUAUCUCAGCUUUUAAAUAUGCAUUAGCUAUUACAAAAAAACAUGGUACAAUGAUGGCUGUUGGAGUACCACGAGAACCAAUACCAAUUGAAUUUUAUGAUUUAAUUUUUCGUGAUAUAACUGUUAAAGGAAGUCUUUUAGCAAGUAUUGAAAGUGCUCGACGUAUGGUGAAAUUUGUUGCUCAACAUGGAAUUAAAAGUGAAAUAAAAAUUUAUUCAUUAGAAGAAGUACCAAAUAAAAUAGAAGCUGAUCAAGAUACAAACAAAAGAUUAGUAGAAUCUGAAGGUGAAAUUCAUCAUCAUCAGCAUAGAAAUGUUCAGUAUGGAAGGCCAUAUUUUGUAGUGUUAUUGGCAGCAUUUUCUUCAUUAGGUGGAUGGUUUUUUGGCUAUGAUCAGGGUGUUACAGGUGGCGUUGUUGUUAUGAGUUCAUUUAAAAAAGAUUUCUGUAUUGGUUUAUACGGUAAUGCAAGUGUAUGUGAUCUUCCUGUAGGUACUUUGCCUUCUGACUACAGACGAUUCUUAGUACUUUAUACGCUACUGUAUAAUGUUGGAUGUUUUAUUGGUGCUGCGUUUAUUUCUUCAUCUGUGGCAGAAAAAUUUGGACGUCGAGCCAUCAUUUUUACGGCAUCAUUUCUGUUUUUAAUUGGUACAUCAAUGGUUAUUUUUCCACCAGGUGGCUCCAAAAAGAUAAUGAUUUUAAUACUUAUUGGGCGAAUUGUCGAAGGGACAGGUGUUGGUUGUUCUUCAUUUGCAUGUCCAUUAUAUGCUUCCGAAAUAGCUCCAACACAUCUACGUGGAAUGCUUUCUGGUUUCAUGCAAAUGACUAUAGUAACUGGUUUAUUUCUUGCCAAUGUAGUCAAUUUUUUAUUGCGAAAUCAUAAAUGGGGUUGGCGAUUAUCAAAUGGCAUUAUUCUAAUUGUUCCAAUUACGAUUAUGAUCGGUAUAUUUUUCUGUCCUGAAACUCCUCGAUGGUUGUUCAAGAAAAAGAGUCGAGAGUUGGCCGAAAAAAGUCUAAAACGCAUCCGUAAAACAACCAAUGUAACAGUUGAAUUAGACGCUAUUGCCGAUGCUAUACAAGAAGAAGGUAAUCAAAUUUCAAUCAAAGAACUAUUGACAACAAAGAAAAUGCUUCAAAGACUUGGUAUUGCUAUAGGCAUGCAUGUUUUAAAUCAGGGAACGGGUAUUAAUCC